AUGGACCGACGGCGAGACGGGGCAGCCAGCGGCGAGAUUGGGCUGGGGGCGAGCGAUGACAUCGUCAAGCUCGGCUAUCGAUACAUGAUAGAGUGCGUCGGCUAUCACACUGAAGAAAUAACCAUUAUCAAGAACAAGUCCUCUCAGAACGCCAUGUUAGCUUCUGUGGGUCUGGGAGGACCAUUCGAAGGCAUGGAAGACUGGGACCUGGUUAUUCAUAAUUACCAGACGCCAGGGAGGCACAACCGGGGCUUUUAUGUCAGCGCGGAUGUCACCAACCGGUGGUGUGGGGAGCCGCUUCCUGGACAGUAUGCUCUCUGCGACUGCGGACAAAGGCACCCGAAGAACGCCGCUAAAAUAUCUCCACGCCUGGUGUUUGAGCACGCUCAAGGCGGGCAACUUUUAGAGACUGUAAAGAAGCGUUUCGAGAACCGGGACAGUAUCAAGGGCUUUGACUCUGGACAUCCAGUCGAGGCAUUGGCCGUGGAAAACUGGCACACCAUCAUCCGGUUUAUGUUUGAGAUUGGUACAGCCUUACAAAACCUCUCGGGCACUCAUCGUGCCGUCACCUUGUUAAACGUCUUCUUUCGCCACAGGCUCUACCCUCCAGACGUCUCCGAAAAGGUGGUCAAAGCCAAGCCCUUCCUAGACCGGUACCAGGCCGUGUUUGGGAACCCCUGUCUUCCAGAAGAGGUGGACGACACAACGUUCUGGAAAUCAAUGGAUUACCCUCGCCCCGUUGGCGACCCAGACUGCGACAAGGGGGAAGGACGCCAUGAAGUUCGGAUAUUUCGCUUGCCAGCUUAG